UUCUGUUUCAGGAUGAGCAAUGGCUCACAUUCUACCACCACAGCCUAGUGAGGCACCAACACUUCAAGAAACCACUGAGAAGAUUGUCAAUGAAUUAAAGUCAAGAGGAAACUUUGAUACAUUUAGGAAAGCUUGCUUAGCAGAUGUUGAUACAAGGCCCGCCUACCAGAACCUCCGUCAGCGCGUCGAGAGCACGGUGACCACCUUCCUGGGCAAGCAGACAUGGACGCCCGACCUGAACCGCAACCAGCUGCGGGAGAAGCUCCGCAAACACCUGGCAGAGUCUCGGUUUCUGGAGAUUGGCGUGGAUCGUAUCGUGGACCAGGUAGUCGACAGGAACAUCUACUCCACUUACAUGCCACAGAUCCAGCUGCUUGUGAAGGAGAUGCUGGACAUCAAGGAUGAGGCUGAAGAUAAAGCGGACGAGGACGCGGACAUGGAGGAGGCGGCGCCGGCGCCCGAGACGGGCGGCAACACGUUCGGCACCUGGGCCAACCAGUUCCACGCGCGGGUGCCCGAGCCGCGGCCGAACGAGCCGGCGGCCGCCAGCAACAGCUCCAUGUCCAUCUCGUCGGGCACGAACGGCUCGGCGGCCGGCUCGCCCAGCGAGGCAGACAGUCCCGACAUCCGCGCCCAGAUGAGCCCCCUCUCCGACGACGGCAAGCAGGGCUGGGGCUCCUUCCUCGGCAAGGCGGACGGACUGGACUUCAGCGGCAUCAUGAAUCGCGUCGACCACAUCGACCCGGCCAUCGACCAGAUGAUCAAGUCCGAGCUGGAGUCGGACACGCGCGAGACGGAGCCGUCAGCGGCGGCGGCUCAGCGCCGCAGCGGCUCCAGCAACUCCAACAUGUCGCUGGAGGAGGACGAGUCGGUGGACCUGCAGUCGUUCGUCGGCCCGCCGGACGGCACGGAGGCCCAGGACGGCCACCGCCGAGAGGCCGACCGCGACCCCCCGCUGCCGCCACUGCCGCCGCCGCCCCGGCCGCCGCGCGACGAGCCCGACCGCGGCGCACGGGGCGACGCCGAGCCGCGCGGCGGCCGCCACCCGUCCGACGAGGAGCGACGGCGCCGAGAGCGAGAGCGUGACAGGGGCCGGGACCGGCGCGAGCGCGGCCGGCACGGGGACGACGAUCGGCACCGGCGAGACCGGGACCGAGACCGAGACCGGGACCGCGACCGGCGCGACCGGGACCGCGGCGACGACCACGAGGAGCAGCGCGGCCGCAGCCGGCACCACCAGCGCCGCGACCGCGACGACGACGAUUCAGCCGGACACCGCGGCCGCAGCGGCGGCUACAGCCGCGACGGCCGCGGUCACGGCCGGGACGAGGAGCGCGGCGGCGGCGGCGGCGGCGGUGGCGGCGGCGGGCAGCGCCACCACGGCUACGGCGCCGGCAGGGAGCGGUCGGCCGGCGCCCCGGAGCAGCCGGUGGACGGCGCCGGGCCGCAGAACGGGACGGCGGCCGUCACCGGUAACACGGAUCCUGCAGCGACGGGGAAGACGGCUGCGCCAGGGGAGUCGGAGGGCGCGGUCAAAUCGGAACGCUCGAGAGAGAGGAAAGGUGACUCGAAGGAGCGAGACAGAAAGGCCACGUCGAAAGAAAGGGACAGGAAGAAAGGCGGUUCUGAGUCCCGGAGGAGGGAUUCGUCAUCAACACAUAAGAAGUCUUCCAAAAGAGGCGACGAAUCAUCGGAGCGUGGCUCGUCGAAAAAAUCGCCUCCGUCCGGUAAGGAGAGGAAGCCGUCAGCCAGUGCCGUGACCUCAAAGGCAACUCCUUCUCCGUCGCAACCCAGGCCUAAGACAAAGAGUGACUCGGGCAUCGGUUCGCCGGAGGACAGCAAAACCUCAGUAUCAUCCAAGGCAUCGUCGUCCGAUGAUUCAUUUUCAAUCAAAUCAGACUCGUCCAAAAGUCUAUGUCGUGAUGAGUUGAACAAGUUAUCCCAAGUGCCUGUGGUUUCACUUAUAAAACUAACCGACGCCGCGAUAAAGAAGGAAAUGGAAAGGUUAUCACCCUCAUCAGCCAGCAGUCGCCCCAACUGCAGUUCAACAAAACCCACACAGUCUUCGAGUAGCUCGGACUACAAGGCCAAGCCGCCAUCAAGUUCAACAAAACACACGCAGUCUUCGAAUGACGCGGACCCGAAAUCCAAGGUGCUAUCGAGUGCAUCAAAACCCUCGCAGUCUUCGAGUAGCUCAGACUCUAAAGCCAAGAUGUCCUUGAGCUCCGCAAAACCCACGCAGUCUUCAAGUAGUUCGGACUCCAAGCCUAACACUCCGCUGAGCGCUAAGGAUCGUAUGGCGCAGCUAAUGGAGAAAUACGCUCCGUAUCUGAAAGACCGGUUCCGUCGCACAGAGCACACCUCGAAACCUAAACCUAAGCCGAAGCCCAGUCCGUCUCUGAACACGUACCGUGGCGAACGGUCGCGGCCGGUGUCGCCGUCGAGCCGCCCGUCGGUGCGGUGCCUGCAGCGGGCGGUUGCCGAGCCGGACACCCUCUCGGUCAGCUCGGUGGACACGGCCGACCUCUCCGACUUCGACGACCGUCUAGAGCUGGAGCUGGAGCUCACUGUGCCCGAGCGGGACGCCCUGUACAGUAUCGGCUGGCGGCCCGUCCUCGACGACCUGGCCGACGCAGACGACGACGACGUGGCCACCGCCAUCGAGGACUUUGUGCAGGUGGUCGACGUGUGCGAUGACGCCGAGAGCGUCGACUCUGGCUUUAACCGGUCGGACGCGUCGUCCUCGACCUCGGCGGGCUCGGCGCCGUCCCGACUGGCGGCGGCGGCGUCCGAGCCGCCGCUGGUCGACCUGGAGCCGCCGCCGACGGCCGGCCGCCGGCGCCGACAGCGCAAGGUCGACUAUAUCGCGCUCAACUCGGGUCUGGACGGCGAGGCGCGGCCGCAGGAGGAGUCGGACCGGCGCCGGCGCCGGCCGCGCCACGACGGCGACUGGAGUCCGGCGGCCAAGCGGAGUCGGCUGGAGCGGCCUCAGGAGCCGGCCGCCGGCGCCGUGCCCAAGCUGUCGCUGCGCCGAACGCCGGACGGAAAGGCGCGCGGCAAACGCGACCGGGACGAGUGGCAGGUGAGCAGUGACAAGGAGAACAUGGACGGCGCGGCCGGGCUGCGCGACCCGGGCGCCGCCGGCGACUCGGUCAGGAUCCGGCCCAACCUGGUCAUCCGCUGAGGUGCCGGUCAGUGCCGCGCGGUGGUCGGUACGCCCGGCUCGGCGGCCCGGCGCUGCUCGGAAAUGGGAGGCUGGUGAAUCGUAUCUGGGACUGGCAGAUGGGACGUGCUUCCUGGGCAGUGCUCGCCGGCGAUACCGUGCGUCGGUCGUUGGACAGCUGUCUGUAGGAUGGGGGCAGAGGGGGGAUGUAUGAUAGUUGCAUAUCUAGUGUACAUUGCGUUCAUUAUAUGCGCCCUUUGUGGGGCGAUUACCAUCAUGUAUAUUCGGCCGCAGAGGCUGCCAUUGUGCGUUCACUAGCGUGUAUUCAUCAAUUAUGAUUGUU